AAACUAGGUAGGUAGGUACCGGCCUAUGAAAUUUGCGAUCAUCACAAUGCAGCUCGCAUAAAUUUCAAUGUGGAAUUGCCAAUUGCCAGAAUUAGGGCGUGCAAUUGCAACUUGCAAGUUCAACAGUGUUUCAGGUGUGGUGGCGCCAGCGCAUUUUCUGAACGUCCCUUCUGAAACUCAAAGGCCUGGAUCUGCGUCCAACUCGCUCCUGAGCUGCUGAUCCAAAAGACGCAUCGUGGGUCGCCAGUAUGGCCGGGGUUUCGAGGGCCCUCCUGGUUGUGCUGGGGUUGGCGCUUGUGUCGUCUACAUUUGCGAAGGUGUACUUUGAAGAAAAGUUCGAUGAUGGCUGGGAAAAGCGGUGGGUGAAAUCCAGCUGGAAAGAGAAGGAGGGCACCGCUGGGGAGUGGAUCCACACAGCAGGGAAGUGGUAUGGGGAUGAGAAGGCAGACAAAGGCAUCCAGACCAGCCCCGACGCGCGCUUCUACGCAAUCGCGGCGCCCCUUGCCAAACCGUUGGACAAUGCCGGCAAGGACCUCGUGCUGCAGUUCAGUGUGAAGCACGAGCAGAAACUAGACUGCGGUGGCGGGUACAUCAAGCUGAUGCCCGACGUGGAGAUCAAGGACUUUGGGGGUGACACAGACUACAGCAUCAUGUUCGGCCCCGACAUCUGCGGCUACACGACCAAGAAGGUCCACGCCAUCAUCACAUACAAGGGCAAGAACCUGCUACUCAAGCCAGAAGUGACGUGCGAGACAGACCAGCUGACGCACGUGUAUACACUCGUAAUCAAGCCCGACAACACGUACAAGAUCCUCAUCGACAACGUUGAGAAGCGCUCCGGGGGGCUCUACGAGGACUGGGACUUCCUGGCGCCGCGGCAGAUCGCGGACCCGGAGGCAAAGAAGCCGGAGGACUGGGUUGACGAGGAGUGGAUCGACGAUCCGGAGGAUACGAAGCCCGAGGGCUAUGACGACAUCCCGAAGGAGACUGUCGACCCUGAUGCGGAGAAGCCGGAAGACUGGGACGACGAGGAGGACGGCGAGUGGGAAGCGCCCAUGAUUCCCAACCCCGAGUAUCAGGGCCCCUGGUCGCCGAAAAAGGUCAAGAACCCCGCCUACAAGGGCGUCUGGGCUGCGCCCCUCAUCGACAACCCCGAUUUCGAGGACGACAAGGAGGUGUACAAGCUGCCCACCCUCAAGUACGUCGGCUUCGAGUUGUGGCAGGUCAAGAGCGGGUCGAUCUUCGACAACAUUCUGGUGACGGACGACGAGGAUUACGCGCGCAAGUUUGCGGAGAAGACGUGGGGGGCGUCCAAGGACAAGGAAAAGACGGCUUUCGAGAAGAUUGAAGAAGAGGAGAAGAAGAAGCAAGAGGAGGAGAGGAAAGCUGCUGAAGAGGCGGCGCCCCCGGAGGCUGACGAGGCCGAGGAGCCAGAAGAUGAAGACGACGAGGAAGAUUUCAUCGAUCUGAAGGACGAGCUCUAGACUUUGCAAACGCUAAUCAAGCUACGGAGCCGCCUAUGCAACCGCCUUUGUAGCGGUGCACUUCAGAGUACGUCGUCGUUGUUGUGAGGUAUACGCAACUGUUUAUCGAGAGUCUGGGCCACGUACAGCACACGCUGGGGAACGGGUUGCCAACGACCGCAAACUUGGAUUACACUAGGUACAUCAACCUUGUUACGGACAGCCAAUAUCAGAGAUGUGAUGUUUGUCAACUGCACUGGCAACAGCGUUGAGUGAGCAUAAGAUGUCUGAAAAGGUCCAUUGCGGAUGCACGAUCGGGCUAUGUCCGAAGAUGGUCGUCUCUCGCAUGCUCGCCAUAGCUAAUAGGCCAUAUGCUUCGUCGCAUACAUGUGUGAGUGUUAAUGAUAGUCCUCCG